AUGGUUGGGACAAACGGAACGGUUGGAGGACCCCGGUCGUGCCAGAAGCUUGUCUGGACCGGCCACAAGAUCUUUUGCGGGAAGAAGGCUUACCCUCUCACCCUCCCCUUGCUCACGCCUUCUGAGGCCGAGAUCGCCAUCGCGAACAUGGACAAGCCGUCCCACGCUGAUUCAGCGGGUGGCGCGCCGCGCUGGUCCGUCUACGAGCUGGCUCACAAGAACCUCGGAUUGACCAGGAGCGAUUUCAAGACUUGCAUCCAAGAACUGACCGAGGGCAAGAAGACCACCAUGUCGCGUUGGACUUUCCAGCAGAACCAGUAUCUCCUCACGCUCGCUUUCUGCGCCAACCGCGUUCCGGGGGGUGCCAACACUUUCCGUUCGGACGUGAUCAAUUGGCUGAUCAAGGAUCAGUUGGACGCUGCCGACACCGGAGUCUUGAAGCGCUGGCUCUACUCUGCCAACCGCAUCGAGGCGACAAUGCUCCAGGGGUUGAUCUGCGUCGUCUCGACACUUCGAGGCUCACUGGAGACGCUCGACCUGACUGUGGUGAAGAAGCGCGCCACCGCAUCGGGUCCUUGCUGCAGGGCGCUCGUCACCUACAUCAAGGCGCACUUCUCGCCUGCCGACGCGCAGAAGCUCUUCAAGGUCUUCACGCUCGACCCAUCUGAAGACACUGAAAACUAA